UUCAGGAAAGGGAACGCAGGGCUCUCGCCGCCAGCCCCCACCCCAUGGAGGAGAGUUUUCUUGAAUCCUUUGGGAGGCUGAGCCUCCGGCAGCAGCAGCCGCCGCCGCCUCGGCCGCCAGCCCCGCCGCCCCCGCGUGGGACACCUCCGCGCCGCCACAGCUUUCGGAAACACCUCUACCUCCUGCGAGGCCUCCCGGGCUCGGGGAAAACUACACUGGCCAGACAGUUGCAACACGACUUUCCCAGAGCCCUGAUUUUCAGCACGGAUGAUUUUUUCUUCAGGGAAGAUGGUGCCUAUGAGUUCAAUCCUGACUUCCUGGAGGAAGCUCAUGAGUGGAACCAGAAAAGAGCAAGAAAAGCAAUGAGGAAUGGCAUAUCCCCCAUUAUUAUUGAUAAUACCAACCUCCACGCCUGGGAAAUGAAGCCCUAUGCAGUCAUGGCACUUGAAAAUAACUAUGAAGUUAUAUUCCGAGAACCUGACACUCGCUGGAAAUUCAACGUUCAAGAGUUAGCAAGAAGAAACAUUCAUGGAGUCCCAAGAGAGAAAAUACACCGAAUGAAAGAACGGUAUGAACAUGAUGUUACCUUUUACAGUGUGCUGCACGCAGAAAAACCAAGCAGAGCGAACAGAAACCAGGACAGGAAUAAUGCAUCUCCUUCCAACGGUGCAGGGUACUGGAACACCUACGCAGAGUUCCCAAACCGGAGGGCGCAUGGCAGCUUCACUAAUGAGAGCUCCUUUAACAGAAGGGGUGGUUGUCACCAUGGGUAUUAGAGGCCUCUCUUAUAGGCAUUCUGAAUUUUCCUAAAUCAGUUUUUACUUCAAUUUUUGGUAUUUAUUCUCCGUUCAGUGGUAGUCAGAGCUCUAAUUCCAGUGUAAAUAGUCAAGCCUGAGAGUUUCUGUGCAGAAGUGGUUACAUGCCUCUUCAACAAGCAUUUGUUAAAGUGAUCCUAUGUGCAUGGUCUGAUGCUGGGAAUUCUGCCGAUUUGAUUAAACAAAAUCUUUUCUCUAGGGAAAGAACUAAUUCAAAACUGAAACCUGAGAACAUAACCAAGAACGUAAUCAACCACACAGGCUCAUUAAUGAACUGAAGUGUUUUUAAUAUAAAGCUUCAGUAGCCCUUUCUCUGAAGCAGCCUAUUUUUUCAGGAAAUUCAUCUCCAUCAGGAAAGUUGGAAAAGUGGAGAAAUAGUAGGCAGGAACAAUUUUUUAAUGCCAUUGCUACUUUUGAUCAUCUGUGUAUCCAGAAAUGUGAGAUGUGUGGCUGUAAUGAUGAUACUGAUUUUCCUUUAAGAUGAAGACACCAGGAAGUCUAUACCUGAGGAAAUAUUGUCCUUCAAAGUAGACACUUUGGGAAAUUAUCACAUUAUUUUAGCGGUGUGUCAUUGUUAGAAAUAUGUUAAAAUCUUAAUAGCGAUAUAAGCUACUGAGGAAAAUCAGUGUCGUUGUUUCAAGUCACAUCUUGUGUUUUAACUACCACUUUAUCAAACAGGUCCCUGUUUGAUAACAGGGAUAAACCUGUUUGGCUGUUGAGCUAACACUGUAUAUAAAACAAGCCUGCCUUUAUAAAACACCGAUUUUUAAGAGGAAUAAUUAAGCAAUUUAAAAAAAUUAUUCCUAUAAAUGUGUAUUAUCAGUUGGCAGCUCCAAAGUUUUGGGCGUACAAGGAAUGAAGCAUCCCAGGAUGUCCUGACAUGGAACCAGGAAAAGUCAUGCUCCUUUUAUGAGGAGCAGUCUCAGUGUUUUGUGAGGUGUUAAGACAAAGUUCUACUACAGUUCUUAUAUUAAUAUUGAAUUUAUGAAUCCAAAUCAAAUUUUAACAGGUUGGAAUCAGUUAAUUUGGUGUGAGACCACGGAUAAGACCAUGUAGGAUGUAUGCUUUAUUU